ACGGAAGAGCAUCUGACUGAGCGGAAGUAGAGGAUCUCAGAGGAGAAGAAGGUGAGGACGAGAGGAGCUGUGAAGCUGGUUUCAGCUUCACCUCCCUUACUGAUUCAGCAUGGGGGAGAAGUCAGAAAACUGUGGGGUUCCAGAGGAUCUGUUCAGUGGUUUGAAAGUAACAGAGCUCCAGGAAGCAGAGCGUGUUGACCCCCCAGUGUCUAAUGCCAAAGAUCACCAUUCCCAGAGCAAGCUGCUCAGCGAUGUUGAGGCCCAUCCCCAGGAGGACCAAGAAGAGGAGUGCUUUCACGACGCAAGUGCCUCAUUUGAGAAGGAGGAGCCAGGAGUGGACGAGGUUGAGAACAAACCUGAUCGUGAUGUGAAUUCCUCUGAACUAGAUGAAGAAUACCUAAUGGAACUGGAAAAAAACAUGCCAGAUGAAGAGAAAAAGAAAAGGAGAGAAGAGAGCUCUAGACUAAAGGAGGAGGGAAAUGAGCAGUUUAAAAAAGGAGAUUAUAUAGAAGCUGAAAGUACUUACAGUCGAGCCCUUCAGAUGUGUCCAUCCUCCUUCCAGAAAGACAGGUCUAUUCUGUUUUCAAAUAGAGCUGCCGCAAGGAUGAAACAGGACAAGAAAGAGGUGGCCAUCAGUGACUGCAGCAAAGCAAUUCAGUUAAACCCCAGCUAUAUCAGGGCAAUAUUGAGGAGAGCGGAGUUGUACGAGAAGACUGACAAGCUGGAUGAAGCCCUGGAAGACUAUAAAUCCAUACUAGAAAAAGAUCCGUCAGUACAUCAAGCAAGAGAAGCUUGUAUGAGGUUACCUAAGCAAAUUGAGGAACGUAAUGAAAGACUAAAGGAAGAUAUGUUAGGUAAACUAAAAGAUCUUGGGAACUUGGUUCUUCGGCCUUUUGGACUCUCCACAGAGAAUUUCCAGAUCAAACAGGAUUCCUCUACUGGCUCCUACUCCAUCAAUUUUGUUCAAAAUCCAAAUAAUAACAGAUAACAAAGAUAACAAUGGCUUUUAAAGCUGGCUUGGAAAUUGUAUGCUGCCUGUGUUAGCAAGGGGAAAGGCCCUGCCAGUGUUUAACGUUUAACAGCUUCUUAUCUCAAAGACAGGCUAUCUAGUAGAGGCCAGUGCUCCCUUCUCCCCCUUGUUUUAUGAUCAGGGUGAAACGCAGUUCCUGAUGUAAUGAGCCUAAUUUAAUUUGAUUUCCAUUUUAAGGUGGUGUCUGUGCAGCUGUUGCCUUGGUUCUGGCUGUUCUUUGUUUUGUCCGGGAGAAAGCCUGCUUGUCAAGGCUCACCUCCCCGGGCUCCACAAAAACAAGCCCAGCUGGUGUCUCCUGGGCCGAGCAAACCUGCUGGUUGGAGACUGCCCAACCACGAUCGAUGGGGUCCCCACCUGCUGUUCCCUCGCCCCGAUCACACGCACUGCCCAGGCUGCCUUGCGUGGGCUCCAACAUCUCCUAAUUUCCUCUGUGGUAAUAAACGCUUUCUGUGACA